GCCAUCCCCAUCACCAAACUUGGGACCUGUAUCCCGGCCACUGCAACUGCUUAGCUGCGGAUUGUCACAACAGAGAAGCCACAACGUAAUCAUACCAUUGCACAUAGGACUUUAGGUCCAGAAAAACCGCCGCGAUGCCUGUCCCAUUCGAGGCCCUCAUUCCCUAUGCCAUCAUCGUCACGAUGUUCGGCGUCACGGGCGCCGGCCUGUCUGCCAUCAAGACUGCCCAGAACGGCGGCAAGAAGGCGAGAUGGUCGUUGGAUACCUGGGAUAGACAAAUGAUGGACCGCGACCGCAGACUUACCGGAUGGUUACGAGGGCAAACAGAUGCCGCAGAUGCGCCUUAUGGGUUUGAGUACAACAACCCGUGGAGAGUUGAGAAACGGUUUUCGUGAUUGGUCAACCGACAUUCAAAACAGCCACCUCCAGGGCGGAUUGUCAAGAGGAUUAUCGAGAGAACCAGGCUCACCAACGAUAUCACGACGGCCCGCACCGACGACCACUUACCGAUACGUUCGACGAUAUCAAUACGGCGCCCUAUUCGGGCCAUACCAGCCGUGCGGGAAAACAGAACGCUUAGAUACAGGCUAGGUAGACAGCACUGCCUAAUGGUGCUUCCACAGAGUAUAGAAUACUUUUCAGAUCUGAAUCUGUGCUCUGUUCUUGUUGAGACCCUCC